AUGCCCGCCCGCAGGGCCCCCCAAUACCUCUACACGCACCCCACCUGCGGCCCCUUCCUCCGCCUGGGCACCUGUGCCUUCGACGACCCCUUUCCCCCGAAAUGGUCUGCCUCCGUCCUCUUCAUCUGCAAACCCUUCAUCACCGCGCCCCAGCCCCCCGCCCUGGCCUACAUCGACGUCGACGGCGAGCACUCGAUCACCGGGAGGAUCAUCGACUCCUUCGCCGACUACAACUUCUGGCGCUUCGACAUCGCGCUGCCGCUCUCCCCCGCCCAGCGGCGCAUAAAGUACUGGGUGUCUCUGAGCCCGGCGUGUGGCGUCCCCCCCGCGUGGGAAUUCUUCCUGCCGGGUUCACGUCAGACCUGGCGGUGGGCGGCUUAUUCCUGCUCGGGAUUUUCUCUGAGGGCGGAUCCCGAAGAAUGGGGGGGCAAUGAUCAGCCCCUGUGGGGAGAUCUGGUCCGUCGCCACAGGGCCAGUCCGAUCCAUGCCCUGGUGGGCGGCGGGGACCAGCUGUACAACGACGAGGUGUUCCGGACGCCGCUGGUGAGGGAGUGGGCGGCGCUGCGGUCGCGGGGGGCGCGCCAGGGCGCGCCCUUCACGGAGUACAUGCGGGAGGAGGUGGAGGCCUUCUACUUUGGGCACUACUGCGGCCACUUCAUGGGGGGUGGCAUGCGCGAGGCGCUGGCCACCAUACCCAGCGUCAUGCUGUGGGACGAUCACGACAUCUUCGACGGCUGGGGCUCCUACCCGGACGACCUGCUUCGCUGCCCCGUCCUCGAGGGCAUCUACCAGGCCGCCUGCAAGUUCUACCUCCUGUUCCAGCAGCACGUGACGGCGGGCAUGGUGGAGCGCGGCGAGAGCGACCUGUUCGGGGGCCCGCAGCCCUCGGCCGGCUGCCCCCACAGGGCACACUGCUUCGUAAAGAUGCUGGGCGCGGAUGUGGCCCUGGUGGGCGCGGACACACGCGCGGAGAGGUCCAUGAAGCAGGUCAUGAGGGAGGAGACGUGGGACGCGGUGUGCGGCAGGAUACGGAACCUGCCAGCCAGCGUGCGACACGUGGUGGUGCUCUUCACCGUUCCCGUCGUCUUCCCGAAGGUGCUGCUCGAAUCCGUGGGUUUGAGCUUUCCUGUGUGUUUUGGGGCCUGUGCGGCGCGUGGCACGCAUCUCAUGUGA